AUGGAAAAGUGGUUGAAACGGAUAGCAAAAACUACGUCGCCGCCGCCGGUUGAUUGUGAUGAAAAGACAGAAGAUGUUCUUAUAAAUGACAAAAGUGGCACUGAGGCUGACUUCCAAGCUCCCUCAACGAGUUCGCAUGAAUCGAAACGACGGAAAGUUGUAAGAAAAUAUGACCCUGAAUAUCUAAAACUAGGAUUCACUUGGAAUCAUGAUACGAUAGAUCCGCGUCCUCAAUGCGUGAUUUGCUACGAAAUAUUAGCGAACGAAAGUAUGCGCCCAAGUAAGUUGACGUGUCAUAUAGAAACGAAGCAUUCCCAUUUUACGAAUAAGCCAGUAGAUUUUUUUCAAAGAAAAUUGUUGGAUAUGAAAUCUUCAAAAAAUAUUGUUUCACAUUUCAUUAAUAUUAAUGAAAAUGCUGUAUAUGCCUCAUACCUCAUUAGCUUAAGGAUCGCCAGAGCAGGAAAGCCUCAUACCAUUGGCGAAGAUUUAGUGUUACCAUCGAUUAAAGAUGCUGUUGGAGUGAUGUUUGGAGAAAAAGAAGUAAAGGAAAUCGAGCGCAUACCACUGUCCAAUAAUACUGUUGCACGACGAAUCGACGAAAUGGCUGAAUGGGCAGAGGACGAAUUAAUCCGGAGGGUAGUUUGUAGUAAAUAUUAUACGCUACAACUAGAUGAGUCUACUGACGUGCAAGGCCUAUCUCAACUACUUGUUUUUGUGCGUUAUAUAUGGCAAAACGACGCGCAUGAAGAUAUCUUGUUCUGCAAGCCAAUUAGUCGUGGAACGGCCGAGGAAAUUUUCAAUGUAAUUGAUUCCUAUAUAAAAGAGAAAGGUUUACAGUGGAAGAACUGUUUCGGGAUAUGCACUGACGAUGCGUGGGCUAUGUGCGGGAAAAAUAGCAGUGUCGUUACAAGAGUUCUUAAACAAAGCCCCUGUGCUUUGUGGACACACUGUAGCCUUCACAGAGAAGCACUGGUUUCAAAAGCAUUACCUAAUGAUUUCAAAACAGUACUAAAUACAGCUGUGAAAAUUGUAAAUUAUAUGAAAACAAAACCCUUACAAGCACGUUUAUUUCAAAAGCAGUGUGAAGAAAUGGGUAGUCUUCAUACAUCUCUUCUUCUGCAUACGGAGGUACGUUGGUUAUCCAGGGGGAAAGUACUGACACGAUUAGUGGAAUUACGCAAUGAAGUUACAAUUUACUUGGAAGGAAAAACU